UCCGUCGUUGUCAGCGCGAUGCAGGUGUUCUCGUUGACAAGACUCAACUAACAGGAAGACGCGUAAGUCGGGUUGCGGCGAUAAACUCGGCUUUCGACGAGGAUAUAUUAUGGACACGCUGCGGGCGAUUUAACGGCAAACUACCGCGGAGAAUGUGCCAUGUCGGUCUCGGAUCCUCUCGUCAAAGAGUUGAAAGGAUGGACUCGAAAGCUGAUAGAGCACGGUACGGAGAUCACUGAUGAAAACGAGGACUUGUUAUCUUUCUGCAAAUGUUUGGAGAACUGCCUACAUAAAGGUUUAUUACCUUGUCUCAGUAUUGGAUACCUGAAGGGACCCAGCGCAUGGCACUGGUUAGAACACGUUGCUCAGAAAAAUUACAGCUCAUACAGUACAUUAUCUUUAGUGGCAGAGCAAACAGAACAGAAUCCAAAGGUACACACAUCUACCGGACGAUUUCGUCUUCUAAUAAGGAUAUGUCUAGUACGGAAAUGCCUUCACAUGCCGGUAGAAAUAUUGACCAGAAUUCCAACUUUAGCUGCCGAGUUUUACGACCUGAAGAGUAUUCUAGGAGAUGACAUUCUACGGGAGAUACUGCUGUCCGUUCUACUACAAUGCAGUAAAUUGAAUUUCAAACUGAAUUUGCGAAACGCGACCUUCCUGGACGACACAUGGCAGAUGCCGCAGUGCGUAGCUCUGCAAUUGGUACCUUGCAAGAACUUGGGCAUCUCUGUAUGUUUCACGAACGAGAAGGCGUUGAUCAUCAACGUCGACGAGAAGUCGGUAGCCGCGGAAGACAAUAAAGUCGAGAUCGGGGACGUGCUGGACGAGAUAAACGAGAGUAUCAUCACUGGUGACAGUAAGGGCAAGCUACGUAAGAUUAUGAGGAAGGCCAGUGGUCAGCCGAUCAUGUUACAUAUCAUCAAGUAUCGUACCAAGAAGACCCGUGAACUCUACGAGCCAAUAGUGCACCUUAUCAAAAGCUCGGGUGUCGAGAGCAUGAAGUCUUUGAUACAAAUAUCGCAAUCGGACCAGGUGCAAGCCACCAAAGUAAACCAGCCGUCUGAAUUAGAGAAUAAAACGCUAGGCAGUGGAUUCUGCGUCAAAUACUGCGGCUCUGUACACGUGGGUGCGAAGGGUGACGUCAAGCAAAUCGAGAAGGUCAUUUGGAGUCUACUGAAAUCCGGAGAAGUGAAACAAGUGCCUGUCAGAUUCGAGUGUUUAGAAAUCGGGAUUAAAGUAGCACGCGAGGUAGAUGAUAAGGUAAUAUGCAAACAAAGUUACAUGGAAAUCUCGUCCUGUGGACGCACCACUAAUAUUCCGGAUUACUUUGCAUUCAUCGCAGGGGAGACUAAUUGUAACGUAGCAACAAAAUUCGACGCCUUCGUCUUUCACCAUCAAAACGAGAAUGAGGUCCAACAGGUACUGCAGAGUCUGGGACAGGGAUUCCAGCGCACGCAUUUUGCAGUAUAAAACAAUACACAAUACGUGCAUAGAUUUAGAGAUGCAUGCGGAAAAGAAAAGUAUCCUUACUUUUCUAUCUUCCAUGUGUAAUUUAUUAAUAAUAUCACUCCUGUACCUGUGAUCGUGAAACUCUCCCCAAUAAAACUGUAAGAAUUGUCACGUUAAUAUUGA